AUGACAGGCGGCAUAAUUUCAAACAGCAUCAAACCGAGCGGACAACACACCACACCGAUCCGCGUCCAGAUGGAUAAGAUCCAGCCCCAUGGUUCCGGGAAGAAGCGGCUGGUCAGCGUGGCGGACUACGACGAACUUAGCUCGUUUCCACCAGAGCUACUCGGUGCAUUCGAGAACAGCACCGAGUUCGAAUGUUUGCUGCGGGCGCAUCAGGAUGCACAGUCCGAGACGCCGUCCGGUGGAUGUCCGGUGGACUUUGACCGGAUUCUGUGCUGGCCGAAAACGGAUCCCGGCACCUGGGCAGUGCUUCCCUGCUUCGAGGAGUUCAAAGGCGUCCAUUACGAUGUGACACAGAAUGCCACCCGCUACUGUCAUCCGAAUGGUAGGUGGGACAACUACAGCCACUAUGCCGCCUGCCAUCACGUGAACGAGCCCCCGCCGGACAUUGUGGAAAUUUCGUCCAUCAUCUACUACACCGGCUACAUCCUCAGCCUGGUGGCGCUUAGUCUCGCUGUGAUAGUUUUCGUUUACUUCAAAGAUCUACGCUGCUUGCGGAACACGAUCCACGCGAAUCUCUUCAUCACCUACAUCCUGUCCGCCUUGCUAUGGAUCAUCAUACUAACGCUGCAGCUAUCGAGUGGCAGCAGUACCGGCAUGACGAGCUGCGUCAUCUUCGUCACGCUGCUGCACUACUUCACGCUAACCAACUUCUUCUGGAUGCUCGUGGAAGGGCUCUAUCUGUACAUGUUGGUGGUGGAAACGUUUUCGGGUGAUAAUUUGCGCUUCAACAUGUAUGCCGCCAUCGGUUGGGGCGGACCGGCCAUUUUCGUCAUACUGUGGGCCAUCGCGAAAGGUAUCACCCUGUCCGGGCAGGGCAAAGCGGACACGCUGGAAAUCGAAUGCUCCUGGAUGCGUGAGUCAGUCGUCGACUGGAUUUUCCAAGGGCCGGUCUGUGCAGUGCUGAUCAUCAAUCUAGUAUUUCUCAUACGAAUCAUGUGGGUGCUUAUCACGAAGCUACGAUCGGCGAACACGGUCGAAACGCGCCAGUACCGGAAGGCAUCGAAGGCACUGCUCGUGCUGAUACCGCUGCUGGGCAUCACGUACCUGGUUGUGCUGGCCGCGCCCGCCGAAGGCGUCGUCAGUGACAUUUUCGCCAUCGCCCGAGCGCUGCUGCUCAGUACACAGGGACUAUCUGUGUCACUGUUCUACUGCUUCCUCAACUCGGAGGUACGGUUAGCGCUGCGCCAUCGGCUGGAACGGUGGAGGGACGAGCGGAACAUUCGUCUCGGUCAGGUCCGGCAGCGAAGUCGACGCUUCACCAAUUCUGGCUACAACCAGUCGAAAGAAUGUUCACCACGGUCCCGCACGGAAAGCUUCCGACCGCUCACCUACAACAAGCGGGAAUCGUGCGCAUCGUCGGCCACGACCACCACCCUGCUCGGUCCCCACAGCUACCCGAGCGCGAUGCGCGGUUCGAACGGUGCCCUGCACAUGCAAUCGAUAGUGCCACGUGCAAUCAGCCCGCUGAUGCAGGGUUUAGAUGAAAAUUCCGUCUAAGAGUGAAGAUUUACAGCUGCCCUGCCGGAUGACGGGGAGAAAAAAAUCCCGCUGAUCGAUGAUUUCUGAUGAAUCGGAAUCGUUACCAAGAACUCACAAAAACACAACGUUGUGCAACGAUAUCAUCCGCUAUACUCCCCCGAAGCGUUAGCCUUCUCAAUACGACGAUGUGGAUAGAAAUGCUACAGGCUGCUGGGAGGGCAGAAAGAGCGGGUGACAUAAUAGAACGAGUCCCAAUAUAUGUUAGAUCUGAAAAUAUAUAAACAAAA